AUGCAUGCAGCAACCUUUAACCACCUUAGAAUUCCGUCCUAUUGUAGUUCAAACGUGUUCCUCCGGUAGAACGCGAUAAAGCCAGCCGGGGUGGUUAGAUUUAUCCACCGGUACGUGCUUUUUGCGCGGUGAUCUCCCUGUUCCUGCUGCUGUUGCUGCUGGUGGCGACGUCGAUUAGCGGCGAUGAUCGACAACGCAAGCCUCCAUCCAUCAUCGGACAGAUCGAGCUGUUUUUUUUAUCUCUUUCGCAGCCACUGGGGAGCGGCCUGUCGUUCACCGUUCUCCUUUUUUGGGGGUUUGGCCAUUUUGACUCGACGCCAAAGGAAGUUUUGGUUAGCACACGAGCUUUGAAAAAGAUGAAACGCGAAGAAGAAGCGUCGAGAGCCUGGGUUGUAGUGCGUAUACCGGUGUGCCCCGAGCCCUAUCUUGCGUGGUGGUUAGGCGCGUGUGUGCGGUGCAUUGAAAAUAGGAGUGCAGUGCCGGAGGUGUUUGUGCAGGCAAAAAGUGUCCGUGCCGGAGAUCGUUGCAAUUGAGCGUUCACGUGUCCGCGAGUGUGCGUCACCAGUACCAGCAGCACCCCUUGUCCGUACCCAGGAAAGGCAAUUGUAUCGGUGCGCCGGAGGACACAGUGUCACUGCGGUUUUCUAGUGCGGCUGUUCGGAAGGGUAAUAGGCGCGAGCGAGGCAAGAGCAGCACCGAGGAGAUUCCACCAUCAUUCCGAUUCCGUCGACCUCGUGUUAGACGCCCGUCGCUGUACCGCUGCUUUUUGGGGGGCCCUGUUUUUUCCCCACCAACGUGGACCAUUUUAGGUACAAGGCUCUCAUUACGGAGAUCCAGCUACGCGGUGUUUGCGGUUUGGACUCGUCGGAGGGAACGAGUGUAGCUCAUUGAAGCCGUACCAGCUGAGAAGUGCGCACCGAUACGAUCCACCAUGGCGUCGACGCUCAUGUUCUGGAACAAGCAGAACUCCAACUCCAGCCAAAACGGAAACGAUGCCAAGAACACAAAGAACGGCCGCAACUGGCUACACGCACCGGAUGUGCUUGUCAACGGGCACGUCGCCUAUCUAGUCAAAUACCUCGGUAGUACUCCUGUGGAGCAGCCUAAGGGCAUCGAGGUGGUCAAGGAAGCCAUCCGAAGGUUGCAGUUUACGCAGCAGAUGAAGAAAGCCGAGGGCGGUGGCAAUGUGAAGACGAAGAAGGUGGAAAUUACCAUCAGUGUAGAUGGCGUGGCAAUACAGGAACCACGAUCGCUGACGAUCAUGCACCAGUUUCCGCUGCACAAAAUUUCCUACUGUGCGGACGAGAAGGGCGUGAAGAAGUUCUUCAGCUUCAUCGCCAAAACGGGCACGGGCUCGUCGACGACGGCCUCGAUCAGUUCCGGCGACGACACGACCAGCUCGAACAACUCCACCACCAGCACCACCAACGGCACGGAGGAUCGGCACGAGUGCUUCGUGUUCAUCUCCAACAAGCUGGCCUCGGACAUUACCCUGACGAUCGGGCAGGCCUUCGAUCUGGCCUAUAGGCGCUACGUUAGCGACAGCGGUAAGUCGCUCGAGUCGGUCAAACUGCUGGCACAGAAGAAGCAGCUCGAGCACACGAUCACCGCCUACCGGCAGCGGCUGCGGGACCUGUCCGAGCUGGUCUCGAAGGCGGAACUGGAGAAGCUGCUGCUGCGGAUGGGGCUGCGGGACAUCUGCGAGGUGCCGGCGCUGGAGAACGGCGUCGACGGGCACAGCACUUACAGCAGUAUCAACAAUAACAACAACAACGGCGCUGUUAAUGGCAGCAAGACGCCCGACUUGGGAAUUGAUGUAUCGUUACCGAACAAUGACGAUCAGCUGCUGAUCGAAACGUCACCGAAGCACUUCGCUCCGAUCGUUCCACCAAGGAACAUCCAAAAUCAGAUCAACAACACACUGGAGGCGUUCAAGCCAACGGUCGGCACGAAGCUGGAGGGUCUGCUGUUGAACUCGGACUCGGACAGCGAUUUUGAUCCACGUGCGCCCGACAACGACACCAGCCACACCACGAGCAGCGGCGGUGGAAACAAGAUCAGCAACGAUUUGUUUGGCUUCGAGCCGCCGAAACCGACGGCCAGCGCCUCGCUGGGCCAACAGCUCUUUGGCAGCAACAACAAUGGUCACAAUAAUGGCUUUGCCAAUGGUAACGGGCCCGUCACGAAUGGAUUCUCCGCCCUGACCAGUCCUCCUCCGAUUCUGGCUCCUCCACCAGCAAAGUCCGCGCCACGGAGAGCGGUACCACAGACGAACGGAAAUAGCAACGGAUCGAAUGCAUAUCAGGAUCUUUUCGGGUCGGCACCAUUCAAUCCGCAAAGCAGUGAUGACUCUACCUCUACACUGGACGAAUCGUCCUCCUUCGGGCUAAACGAUAAAACGUACAUCAUCAACAAGAACGGUGUUGCUGGCACCCGGACCACGGGUAACGCCACAUUACCGCCACCACAAGCAGGAAUAAGUCCCUUUACGCGCGAAGUAAACGUUUUGGCGAACAAUUCGUACAAGCUCGACUCUUCGAUACUUUCGUACAGCGAGUGUGGCAACGCUGGUGCACAUCCUGGUGUAUUACCCUUUAACGGUGGUACAGGUGCGCCUCCGUCCUCCUCCUCCUCCUCCAUUGGCAAUACCGGACCCGCCGGAGCGUCCACCACCAACACCGCCACAAGCACGGCGGCUAAUCUGGUCUCAAAAUUGAACCCCUUCGCGGCGGCCAUCAACGCACCAGCAAUACUGCGAAGCAAUCCGCUUGCCGCCGUACAGCACAAAACCGCCGCGUACGACGUCUUUACGAACCCGAGUGACAAGGAACGGCUAACCAUUAACACCGGUACGGGCUCAUGGCUGGACGCCGGAUCCUGUCACGGGAUACCGCCGUCCGCCGGGGGUAACGAAAGUGCUGCUGCUAACUGUACUGUUAACCCGCACGCACCUGCGGCCACCAUUGCAUCUGGUACUAACCACCUAAAUCAGAUCACCAUCACCCAGCUCGCCGACCCAUCCGGCGGCGAUCCGGCUGCCGCUUCCUCCGAGGCACUGUUUGAAGACUUUGCUCUGUCCGCCUUCAACGAGUUCAAGAAGGAUCUGAGCAUCAACAGUCGCACCGUGAAGCGGCAGUCGUCGUUGCUGCGGGACCGGUUCCAUAAUAAGCCAUCGGUCACUAAUGAUGUAGUAGCGCAGGUGGGCAAAUCUGUUGCUGAUGUUGUCAUUGUUGGGGACGGGCUCAAUGCUAAUGCCGCUGGUCUACGCUUGGGUGGGCCUAAAAUGCUUCAGCCGGAAUUGAAGACGACCAAGAACGGUUUCUUUAGCUCCGACGAUGUACUGGAUACGUUCGAUCCGCUGAAGAAGUAAAUUGGAAAUAUUUAUCUGCUGCAUCUCUCGUCUCCUUCAAUCUGUCGCUGCUCAUGUCCGUGGCUGUGUAACAUCUAGCGGUUACAAGAGGACAUAAAGUUGGCCACCAUCAAGCAGAAGUGCAGCAGAUACGGUUCCAGAUCACGUUAAACUCCCACACCAGCUGCACAGGAAAACAUAAAAUCCGAAACAAUCGAAAAAAUUAACAGACUCCAUCAAACGCUGGUGCUUCUGGAGAGCUGGUGGAGAGGAUUCGGGGGUUUUCGUUUUUUUUUGUUGGUUUGUUUGUUUUGUUAAGAAAAGCAUAAACGUGGCAAGACGGAAUGUGCUAUCCCCAGGAAAGAGAAAUGGGUGAAUAUGUAAUUUGUUAUAGUAAUUGUAUGUACUCCCUUAUAUCGUAAGAUAACGUUAUGUAUCAUCCCUUUCGCGUCCUUCUAUCUCCUAUGUGUAAACAUGUAUUGCGUCAACAAUGUAAAGGUGAUCAUUCUAACUGAUAUAAAACAACAUCAGAAAUGAAUCUCGAGGAACAUGGCACAUCCAACGGUGGGCUAGGUGUAAUGAUCUUGCACCAAAACUGUUAACACACAUACACAUACACGAUCUGGCACCCAUUUACAAGGGGGCAUUUAGGAAAGUUGUUUUCGGGUUACGAUGAUAGAGCUUAAAGAGAAAGAAAAGCACAUAUAGUCCCCGGAACAACAAAACCAAUGGUCAAUGAAGAAUAUACAAUUAAAACUAACGCACCUAAAGCAAUAUAGUAUUAUAAUUGACAAACGAGAUACGAACUCUAUCAGCGGAGCAAAAGGAAAACGGUGUGUUUUUUCGUGAUGUACAUCAUGCUAUAUGGAACAUAAAAACCCCACCCUCCGUACGGUAGCUUAAACAUAUUUACAUUUAAUCGAACCUCUCGAAAGGAAAUGGAAAUCGAUCUGCUCGGCGAUCAUUUGCAUUUCUGAAGUAUCUGUGGUAAAACUAUCUUAAACGAAACAUUCCCACAAUGUGUGUGCAGUAAUGGCAGAGAGCAUAAUUCUCGUUUCUGUUUAUGCUUUUUCUUUUUGUAAAUCAUUCGUUUUUUUUUUGUUAGGCGAGCAACGUUCACUUACAUUUACCGCUUCCAACUUUGUUUCUCCUUAAUGAAUCAAUUGGUGCAUCGGCAAGACAAAAAGUGGCGUACAGUGUUUAUUACCUGUUGAUUGUUAUACGAUACGAGGGAUUCUGCUUUAGGACGGGCGCGAGUGCAAAGUUUUGUUUUUCUUCUUAGAAUACUUUACUCUGCAUACUGUAAUAUUUCUGUAGUUUAGAUGGUUUAAUUUUAAAUCGAAAACGCUGAAAGAAGAAGAAGAAGAAGAUGAGAAACUAUCACCCUUUAGCGACAUGCACAAGACAAAAAGUCAUACGAAUAGUGAUCCGAUAGAGCAAUAGAUAAACACAUUUCCAUUUUUCCAUUUGAAUGCUACUGAAAAAAAAAACAAACCAAACGCAAACUUUUCCUUCCAUCGUGUUUGAAACAAUCCUCUUACAGAACGAGCCCCCGUUGAAAUCUGUGACCAGAAUAUCACGAAUGAACCAUUACAACUAAGAAUAUCCAAUAAACACGUAAUGUUAGUUCUGUAGGCAAGUGAGGAAGAUAAGAAAAAACAAACGGAGCGCACAAAAGUUGAAUCCAAAUUGUAGUAUCACUCGCGAUCUGUAAUGAUCCUUUUCUGUUCUGUCUUUUGUUUGUUUAGCAAGAUUCAUAAUUUUGGUUAGUUGAUACAGCA